AUGUGUGGAUUGUGUUAUUCGAAGACAAAGGAGAAAAACAGCAAUGGUGAUGUACAACAACAACAUCCGGAUACUCGAUCAAACUUGGCAAAGCCAUCAUUAGAUACCGACGAUGAUCAAGCACUUGAAGGAGAUUCCAUGAAGGUAAAAACGUCAAAGCAAGAAGACAAUUAUCAAAAUGAGAUUAUACUGAACUCAAAAUCAGAAGAGGAGGAGAAAACUGAUAAAAAGAAAAAUAACAAGUCAUUGGCUAUUCAGUGGCCAUCAGAACGAUACGAUUUCCCGUCAAGAAAUCCUAAGGUGAUCGACAAAACUGGACUACCCAAUAUGACUGAUGAUAACAAGAAACAAGAAGAGAAAACAGUAUUAGGACUUGGUAAUAAUAAAAAUAAGGAAGUAAUUAUAGAUGAUGGUGAGACAGAAUUUUCAUGGAAGAAUCCGCCAGUGGUUGCAAAUCAUGGUGAAGAUGACGCCGACGAUGAUGAUGACGGUAAGAACCACGACGAAGACAAAACGGAGUUUCCUCACAAUGCACCAAUCACCAACGAUGAGGACACAAAUUUUCAUCUGGCGGAGAAUUCUUCAGUUAUAAAGAUUUAG